UCUUUACAGGAAAAAAGAAAAAAAAAUCGACUAAAGCCUCCCAAAUUCUAGUCCAUAAAAAGAAGAGCUUCCUCUGAACAUUCUUUGCUGAAACCGGCAAAAAUUCUUGGAAUUAAAUUCCUGUCACGCAGAAAAAAAUAGCAAAAAAAGCAGAUAUGGGACAGACAAGAGCGCAAGAACUUGGCUGCGUGGUGUUCAUCCUGAGCGCCGCCAUCUUGGCCAUGGCCGCCGCCAGCACCAGCACUGGGAACAAUGAUGACGUCAUUCCUGGUGCAGUGGCACCAUCUGACUAUUACGACUACUACGAUGUUAAGCCAGAGCAAGUGAGCCCUGCAGAACUGGAACGCGCCUACAUGGUCAUGAACGCGGCAUGGCGCAACUUGUAUCGUCAGGCCUACGGAGAUGCUGGCUUGGAACUCGCAACAGCGCAGCAGCGCCCUCUAGGGUCCUCGGCCGCACGCGCCGUGGCCAAGCGUUUCGCUUCCAAGCGUCAAAUGCGCUACAAGCAAUGCUUCUUCAACCCUGUCACCUGCUUCGGCCACCGCAAGUGAACGCACAUCACAUCAAAAAGACCCACCCACACCUUUGCAACGCCCGUGUAACACUUUCUUCUUCCGCCGCGAACCAUGAAGUUACCAUUUUGCGCGAAUAUUAGGCGCUUUUUCGGUUGUUCCUUUUCAGUCGGCUCUGUGCAUGUCUGUCUUCUCUUUGAUGGCGACAUAUCUAUGUACUGUCUUCUCUAUACAUGGUGACGGGAAGGAUGUGAGCGAUUUGUUCCCCAGUGAAAUUCAAUGAAAGACGAAAUCUGGAUAAUUUUGAGCAAAAUAAAUCCAUUUGCCAAAAAAAAAACGAUUUCCGAAUGUAACUCAAGGAACCGUUUGCAUGUAAGUCAAUUUGCCCACCGCGCAAUCGAAUCAUCCGCAAGCGUUACUCUCCCCGCUUUUUUGUUUUAUUAAGUGGCUUCACAAAUGGUGUUGGUGAUCCUGACUGCGUUUGAAUAAAGUUCUUGCGAACGGAGAACUACGCGGACGAAUGCAAUCUAUGUUGAAGCAAAAAUGUCAUGAUGUGCAACAGGAAAAUGGACUUGGAAAGGAAACUUUCGCAUGAAUCACAACCGUGUCAUCAGUCGAUCAUGAUGAGUCUCUUUCCUGUACCUUUGCAUUCACUCAAUAUAUGCACUCUUCCAAUCAGCGCAAGCGCCGCAGUUCAGAAUGCAUGACUGAUUAUGUGAACGACGAAGCUACAAGCAUGUGAAAUCCGUUUUUAAUCCAGAUAUGCGAAGUGUGGUCGCUUCAGAAAAAUUCCCAUUAUUGUAAUUCACAUCAUUGUCCGUUGUUGCCGUUCCUUCGUUCGCGGGAUGUUGACGAGUAAACCAUAAUCGACAGAAACCUGGUUUCGGAUCGAUAGCUGAAUGUGUGCUGGGCGGAAGGCAAUGAAAAAACCACAUCAAGAAAGGAAAAUAUGGCGCUGUGUUGGUGUUCGCUGUUCGUUACGUCAAAAUUUUUUUCUUACUGAGUACAGCUAGCAUAUAUUAGCGCGUGUUUUAAUAUAAUCGUAUUAAACGCACGCCUGCAUCAUGCUUCUUCGCAAAUAUUGAUCCAUUAGUAAAAGUUUUCUCGUGCUCCUGGAAGUAACUUUCUUCGUGACAUACGCGUAAGCUGCGUCACCCGACUGUGUUCUCUUUUGGAAGACCAUGCCAGUUCUGUAUACUGUAUACGCAUGGAUGGACGUAAACUUACUUUUAAUCUGAGCCAUUUAAUUCGUCUAUGUCUACAAUAUAGUUCAAUUGUGUAAGAGUUUAUUUCUUUUGAGCGACGAACUCCAAGGCGGUGAAGCGUGUAUUUUUUCUUGUCUUAUCCGAAUUCAUACGACGUCGUAACUCGUAACAC